AGAAGGGUUUAUCAUUUUAUCCAUCUUCUCCUCCGUUAAAAUCUGAAUUUCUAUUCUCCAGACAAUGGCACGCAUGGCCGUAUUUCACCACGCGUACACGGUGCCUCUCGCGCGUGCCAUCCAUGUCCGUGCUGUGUCAGUUGCCUGCAGUGGCAUCGCCACUGUCACAGCGCCUUCUCUCAACAAGAAGAAGGAAGAUCCUCAGGUGCUCCUCGGCAUGUCCGAGCAAGACCUUCAACAACUGGCCCUCGACUUUGGUCAGCAAAGUUAUAGGGGGAAGCAAUUGCAUCAUCUGCUGUACAAGAGGAAGGUGAAAGAAAUUCAGGAUUUCAGUCACUUGCCAUUGGCAUUUCGGAAUGAACUGCAGGACGCGGGAUGGAGGGUUGGGCGGUCACCCAUUCAUAAAGCAGUCACUGCAGCUGAUGGUACGGUUAAGUUACUUGUAAAGCUUGAGGACAAUAGGUUGGUUGAAACUGUUGGCAUACCUGUUAAAGAUGAAAAGGGUUCUAUUCGUCUAACUGCUUGUGUAUCAUCACAGGUGGGAUGUCCACUGCGUUGUUCGUUUUGUGCCACUGGCAAGGGGGGUUUCUCAAGGAAUCUUAAAAGGCAUGAAAUUGUUGAGCAGGUUUUAGCAAUUGAAGAACUUUUCAAACAUAGAGUAACAAAUGUGGUGUUUAUGGGAAUGGGCGAGCCAAUGUUGAACAUGAAAGAAGUACUUGAAGCACAUCGUUGCUUGAAUAAGGAUAUUCAAAUUGGGCAAAGGAUGAUAACAAUUUCGACAGUUGGAGUUCCGAACACUAUAAAAAAGCUGGCUUCUUGCAAACUUCAAUCUACAUUGGCUAUCAGCUUACAUGCUCCGAAUCAGAAACUCCGGGAAAAACUUGUGCCAAGUGCAAAGUCCUACCCUUUGGAUGCAAUCAUGAAGGACUGUAGGGACUACUUCCAUGAAACCAGUCGACGAGUAUCCUUUGAAUACACACUUUUAGCUGGAGUCAAUGACGAAGUAGGGCAUGCAAAAGAGCUAGCAGAGCUUCUUCAUGAAUGGGGUCCAGGUUAUCAUGUAAACCUGAUACCCUACAAUCCAGUAGAUGGUUCAGAGUACAAGCGUCCAUAUAAGAAAUCAGUUCUUGCAUUUUCAACUGCUUUGGAGUCUCGUAAAAUAACCGUCAGUGUCCGUCAAACCCGGGGACUAGAUGCAAGUGCAGCGUGUGGGCAGUUAAGGAACGAGUUUCAAAAGACCCCAUUGCUUUCAGGUGCCGAAGACCAGCAAUCUCAAUCCGAACUAGUAGUCGCAUGAUGAUAUCAUUAAAACUUCAUUCUUGCUAAAGCUUUGCUUUAGCUGAGCAGCAGUUUGGUGCUACAAGUUGAUUCACAAGGGCUAGUUCUAUUGACGUCUUCACCUCAGAUUCUUGCUGAAAGGUGAUUUUUCCGAGGAAGUGGCUUGGAGUAAGUAUACAAGCGAGCCUAUUUGGGACAAGGUUGUAUCAAUUGCAUUUUCUGAUAGAAUCCCCCGUGCCUCUGCUUGAAGGUUUGUAGCUUCGGAAAAUUGAAGUUGAGCUUAAGAGGAUUAUAUUGGUUUCUUCAGCGCAGAAGUAUGUAAAUUACUCUAAAUGGUGAUUGAAGGCAAGCAAAUUCUUCGUGUAUUGUGUUGGUGCAAAUUUUGUAAGGACUAGUGCAAAUUUUGUAAGGACACCUGUCAUUCUGCAUCUUGUGGACGUAUGGUACAAUUGGGUCAUUUUGUUCAUGUUCGAAAAGCUAAUGAUCUGGAAUUUAUAUUAUAAAAUGGAGCUGACAACA